AGCAUCCUCCACAGCAUGGACAACACCGAGACGUACAUGAAUAUGAAACGCACAAUUACUGGAUCAGGGGCACCUUCCCAAGACGAUCUGACCUCCACCUACACCGAGCUGAACAUUCGGAAAGUCGAACGCCUCACCAAUACACAAGCAGAUGGUCUGGACCCCACCUACUCUCAGCUGAACUUUCGCCUAAAUGAACUUCCGAUCGCUCAGGAUGAAGAUCAUCAUAUUGCGUCAAGACCAGGAAAAAUGCCAGUGACUGCUCAAGCAGUUGCGCAAGCACGAGAUUCGAAAGUGAAGGUCGGAAAUGUACUGUUCCGUGUGAUCUGCCUACUCUGCCUAAUUAUAGGCGUCUUCCUCGUGACAGUGGCCGGUCUCUCGAUCCAUGUAUCACAGAUUCGUCAGUCUUACGAAACAUGUCAGCGAAACUCUAAUCUGUUCGAUCUUAAACGAAUGAACAACGAUCUCCGUCACCAGUUCACUGAGAUGGAAACGAAGUACAGAUCUGUCAACGAAACCAAAGCUGAAAUCUGUGAACUGUUAACCAGCAGAAGAGAGCAAACUUGUUCCGAAGACUGGAUCAGAAAGAAAGAUCGGUGCUAUUACAUAACCACGUUUACAACAGCUUUCCCCAGAGCGGUGCAAGAAUGUUCAAACCGUGGUUCAAGGCUGCUGGAAAUCAAUUCAAGGGAUGAAGCGAAUGGUGUUUCCAACGCUAUCGGCAAUCUAUAUGGAUCUUAUUGGAUUGGAAAAUGCGAAGCCGGGGAAUCGGCUUCUAGUCUUAUGUUGAAGCAUGACAGUGGAAUGCCCAACUGCGGUAACUGCGACUCUCCCGGAUGGGGGAUCCGUUGCAAUCGUCGACACCGUUUCAUCUGCGAGAAGUCUGCACAUUUUCGCACGGAUAUUCCUGAAAAGAUCCAGGAUCUCUGUCAACAAUCCGUUGGGCCAAACUGAUUCACAUUACAAUCCGUCUUCCUCUCCCGUCUCUCUUCCCCACUGUUGUCCACCUCAUCCUCAAAUUCCCGCUUCACGCACUCUGCCCUUCUCCCAAAUACACCCCUCCACAACUCGCAUCCCAUUCCACCAACACGCUCCUACAUUCCUCUUUCCCCAGCAUACCAUUUUAUUUACCACCAUUUCUCCCACUCUUCUCUCCCCCACCCGCAUCGUUCUCCACCACUCCACAUCUGGUAUCCCUCCCCUCCUCUCCACCCACUCUCCCCUCACUCCUGUGUACUCUGGUUCACAGAUUUCCAACUCUGGGGUAAAAGACUGUGCUCUAUUUGUGCUCCUCAGGGUUUUAUACACCUCUGUAGAGUCACCCCUACUCCCCAAACAAUAAACUCCCUACGCCAGCCCGGCCUCCACAACUCAGCCACUCGAAUCCCGGCAACAUCCUCGUAAAUCUCCCUCUGCACUCUUUCCAGCUCAUCUUUCCUACAGCAGGGCGAACAGAACCGAACACAGUACUCCAAGUGUGGCCACACCGAUGUCCUGUACAACUGCAAUGUGACCUCCCGACUCCUGUACUCAGUGAAGACCAGCGUGCCACAUGUCCUAUCUAUCCGUAUCGCGUGUUUGCCACCGGAAUCACCAUCUUAUUUAUUGUUUUUGACUUGUACCACCCGAGAGUAGAUCAUUUGCACAAUCGGUACUCCGCAAUGCCGUAGAUUUAAUAUAAGUUCCAAAAAUUAAUAAACUCAGCAAAUAGGGGAA